AUGAAAAUCAUAAAGGACAUGAAAUAUGUGAACUUCGCUGGUCAAGUUUUCGGUCUUGUGCCAUUCUACGAAGUCAAACGCGGCGAGCUGAGAGUAAGCCUCCGCGGUCACUACUUUACGUACUUCAUCAAUAUACUGUUAUUUAUGAUAUCGCUGGCCAUCAGCUGGAUUGUGCUUAACAGCGAUAGCAGCUUUUCGGUAUUUCGCAAUUUGGAGGGCUCCGAUCAAACCACCGAGGCGCUAUUUUGCCUUAUAAGCUGCAACGUCAUUAUCUUCGUUUCGUCGACAAACAGUCGGCGCUAUUGUGGCAUCAUGCAGGAAAUCGGUAAGAUGGACGCAUAUCUGGUGGCUAAGGGCUUCACCGCAGUCUACUCGUGUUACUUGCUAAUGGGUUUUCUGGUCAUCACCGCAGCUGGAUUACUGUACACCACCUAUUAUUACAUGGACAUGCUGAGCGAUCAUUUUCAUUAUCAUCAAGCCAUUUUGCUCGGCAUUUACAGCCUACAGUUGCUGAUAUCGAAUUUGUACGCGAUUUGCUUACGCGUUUUACUCGGCAAUGUAAGCAAACGUAUCGACUUCGUGAAUGUCCAGUUGGAAAUAAGUACGAAAAGUGAUCUGGCUGUGGAAAGCAAUUGGCGACAGAUGAGCUAUCACAUUGAGAUGCUCUGCAAGUACCGUUACGUCACAGAUGAAAUCAACAAGAGCGGCGGCAUAGCAAUGCUUUCUUACAUGGCUGUCGCGUUCUACAUUUUGACCAAGCAAUCCUACAUGGCGUUUAUGACCGUGGUACAACCCAUGGGCUUUGAGAAGAGAUAUGACAUUUUGGGUUUAUCUUUUGCCUGGAUUUUCGCUGAAUUCGUAACAAUUGCGGUGAUUUGCAGUGCCUGUGAUGCCGUGGCUGCCGAGGGUUUGUCCGGAAAUCCGGCUGUGGUCUUUACACUUUUCUCGCGCAAUCAACAUACCGCUUCUACAAAAAUGUGGACUAAACGACGCGUCUCCUGCAACAAACAUAUCAAUAACAUAAAAGUUCGUAAGGCGCCAGAGCCCAAAUCGCCCUCAUUACUUGCGUGUAUCAAGUGGAAUGUGCUGAUAUUGAAGUUAGUUGGUCUCGUGCCAUUCUAUACAACUCCGAACUCUGAUGAGAUCGCUGCGCCCAAAGGCUUGCCGAUACACAUCACUCGGGUCAUCUUUUGCGCUAAAACGGCGAUGCACUUGCUGCAUGUCUACGCCUUGUCGUCGCCCUUCUUUAUGCAAAAACUCUUUCUGCGAAGCAAAACGGACGGCAUUGCGAACAGUCUUAGCGUAUGCUUCUGCAUCUUCGGCGAUGUUGUCAUUAGCUGGUCGUGCGCUCGCAACGGCAACCAAAUAAUUGGGAUAAUUAACGGAUUUCUGAAAAUCGAUCGACGACUCGGACAACUCGCCCCACCGCCAGCACAGCACCUACUCGCCGAAAAUGCGCUCAAUAUGUGUUUGUUGUUGUUAUUUGGCUAUCUCUGCGCAAUAACAAUGCAGGCGAUGAAAUGGUUCUACGGCACUCUGCCCGCCCACUUAUUUCUGGGUAUUUCGUUCUACCAGGUGGAAAACUUCACCUCGUGUGUGUUUGUUGUAUUCAUUGCGUCGCUGCUGCAUCAGCUCGCGUUGCGCAUUCAACAGACAAACAAAUUGAUAGCUCAAUACGGUGCGAAGGACGCAGCAGCGUCAGCACACGAUGUGCAGAAUUUCGCACGAAAUUCCACAACAUUUUACAGUUUGCAUAACGAGUUGUUGGACUUGCUGCAAAUGAUCAACAAAUUCGCCGGUCUGGGUCUGGUGGCAUUCCUCCUCUAUGCCUGCGCCGGUCUGCUGACCUUCACUUACGCCUGCACUUUGUACGAUUUGCGCAAUGGCGAUGCCUGGAUCAAUCUACUGUGGAACUUGUCCUGGAUUCUGAACUUCGCGACCGUUUUGAUAUUGCUGGCGUUUCGGUGUGAUUGCGUCACCAAAGAGGCUAAUAACACCGGGCAAAUACUUGCGCGCGUUUACGCCAAGGGCAAGGACUACCAAGAUAUCGUGGAUAAGUUUCUGUCGAAGAGCAUUAAGCAGGAAGUGCAGUUCACCGCUUAUGGCUUUUUCUCCAUUGACAACACAACACUAUUCAAGAUAUUCUCCGCUGUCACCACUUACCUCGUAAUAUUGAUACAAUUCAAGCAGUUGGAGGACUCAAAGGCCGAAGAGUAG